AUAUCAUGCUUUUUGAAAUUUUAUUAGUGUUUUACGAGAUGGUGUCUGCGUGUCGAUGUAGUGCAUUGUGAAAAUUUCUGGAGGAAUACUGUUUAUUCAGUGUUUGUGCGAAAUAAUUGUACUACGGUUCCGAAUUUCCUGAAAUUAUCUAACAUUCUUUCCUUUACUUACCUUAUUUAUCAAUCCAGAAACGCCUGUCCAUUUUACAAAAGCACAAAAAGAAUAAACUAGCCUCCGGUUUAUCUUUUAAAUUCUAUAGACCUGAAUGCUAUUGCGCCUCGAUAGACAAUUAGCAGUUACCAAAGUAAGAAACCCCUCCGAUCGUUAUCGGCCAAAGUUAUUUUUCGGUCCUCAGUUUUCUCCUCAGUCGUUUGACUGUUUGCGAAAAGGAAACUUGUGUGCGUGCAAAGAAAAAGAGAAGAGGGUUAAAUGAAUUAUCCGUUCGGGGCUGAUCGAACCCAGGGUGAAAUUUUAAGGUUUCUCAACGUUUGGCUGAGAAGCCAAAUAAUAUUCUACGAGCGAAGUGAGACGGAAAACGUUCGUACAGGGAAAUAAAAAAUUGGUUCCUCGACUCAUCAUCCCUUUCCUCCAUCCAUCCAUCCAUCCGUCCGUCCAUCCGUCCGUUUAUUCGUUCUAUUUUUUAUAUUGUCACGCGGAUUUUCCACGUUUUCCUUUCCUCUCGUAAACAUUAUGGAUCGCAACGAGAGCACGAACGAGGGUGGCAGCUCGCCCGACACGGUGGUCGCGUUCUCCUCGGAGGAGGAGGAGAAGCAGAAGUCAAUUGUGGCCAGCACCUCCGGCGAGUACAUCACUGUGGGUGACAGCAGUUCCAGUCUCGACACUCUGACCAGUGGCAGCGUCGCGAUUCUUUCUUCCAGCGCCAACGCGAACGAUCGAAAGAGGAGCAAAUUCGACGCGUUCAAGAGCAGCUUCCGCGAGGGAAGCUUAUUCAAAAUCAAGAAGAAGACACGCGGAAUCGACGUGUCCUCCUCCUUUGAAACAGAACAACAUGAUAAAGAGGCAUCUCAGCAGCGAUCGCAACGGCUCGAAGACGAGAAAGAGCCGAAAUUGAUGACCGAUGUGCUUUCGAGCGCAACUUUAAAGAAAAAGAAAAAGAAGUCACACUCGCUGGUACGCAAGCUGAGCUUGAAUAAAUUUCGCAUGUCCUUGGAACAGCAAGGACAACGACAUACCCCAGAGGGUGGUAACAGCCGUUCGCAAAGCCAGUCCUCGCAAGAGUCACCCGUUCAUACAUAUAUUAGCGCCACAAAAAAAGAAAACGAUGACGCCAUAGAAAAGGAAAAGGGGAUAAAAGAGGAGCUUAAGAAACCAGAAAAGGUACUCGAGAAACCGAAGACUGUCAGCGCUGUGCUACGCAAAUCGCCGACGCUGACCAUCAAGAGCUUUGCGGAAACCGUUCAACAGGACACUGCACAUUCGCAACAGGCUAAUCAAGAUAACGCCUCGCUUUGCGUCUCGACGCUUCCAUAUUCGUUGUCGAAAUGGUCGGAGUCUAGUAAAACGAAACUCGCGGAGGAUCCGGUGGCCAGGAAAGGCAAAGUGAAAACGAAAUACGAUUCAGAUUCCUCGGAAUAUGUACCGUCGACAUCGUCGCCCGUCGACGUUCGCCGUAAGCUAUCAUUGUUGGAAGAGAAACGAGCGAUAUUUCAGCGACGCUUCUUUGAUUCGAGAUCCAAAGACAUAACGUGCUCAAAUGAGACAGUAAUCGACGCCCGUGACGAUCUAUCGAGCACCAAUAACAACGAGUUUCUUCAACAAGGGGAAGAAGAAAGAAAGAAAAAAGUGCGGCAUAUCAGUGUGAAGACCUUUGACACGUUCUCCACUUUCGGUAACACUCUCGACGAGGAGGAUUUUUCGGAGGAUUACAGCGAUACAAGCAGCAAUUAUCAUAGACUUUACGCUACCAUGGCACCCAUGCUCAACACCCAUGGAACCAUGGAUGAGUCGUCGAACAAUGCAUCAAACCUCGGCGUAAGCGAGAAACGGGAGCAUUUAUACAAAAUAUUAGUAAUCGGCGAGCUUGGGGCGGGGAAAACAUCUAUCAUUAAACGAUACGUACAUCAAUUCUUCUCCCAACAUUAUCGCGCGACGAUUGGCGUCGACUUCGCGCUCAAAGUACUCAACUGGGAUCCCCACACCAUCAUCAGACUACAAUUAUGGGAUAUCGCAGGUCAAGAAAGAUUCGGGAACAUGACCAGAGUUUAUUACAAGGAAGCCGUAGGUGCUUUCAUAGUAUUCGACGUGACAAGAAGCGCGACGCUGGAUGCAGUGGUGAAAUGGAAACAGGACUUGGAUUCAAAAGUGCAACUUCCUGACGGAUCAUCGAUACCGUGCGUUCUAUUGGCGAACAAAUGCGAUCAGCAGAAGGAAGGUUUGAUUAACUCGCCCGCUAAGAUGGACGAAUACUGUAAAGAAAAAAACUUCUCUGGUUGGUUUGAAACCUCAGCGAAGGAAAACAUUAACAUAGAAGAAGCAGCCAAAUUUCUCGUUAACAAAAUACUCCAAAAUGAUCAGGUUAUAAGAGACAAUGGCGUCCAAGAUCAAACGGACAACGAGAGAUUUACAUUGAAUCAAUCGCCAACAAGUUCCAAAAAAUCUUGCAGUUGCUGACGAAUAGGCAAAUCGUUCACAAAUUCGAAUUUUCAGUCACGAUUUUCCAUUCGUCAACCUCAAUGUGUCUUCGUAGAUGCCAUGAGAAUCAUAAUUUUUUAAAUGCCUUACUCUUCUCCAUAAUAGGAAGCAUCUGCUUAUUCUCCAUCUUGUAUAAUGCAUGGAAAUUAUUUUAUCAAUCCAAAUCAUUUUUUACAUACAACAUGAGAAAGUCAUAUUUAAUGAUAGUAGCUAAACAAAUUUUUUAAUAUUCGUAUAAGGAAAAUUUUGAAAAAUGACAUAAUAACUUUGACAAUAUUACCAAUGUACAUCCUUUUUUAAUUGAUUGACACCUGUAUUUAAAUGUUAAAUUAUUAUAAUUCAAUUAGAAAAUUUAUAUGUACAUUGUUUUCUCUGUCCGUCAAAAAUCAUGUCAAUAACUAUCGUUUAUACAAUUCUGCUUCUAGCAUCAUCAAUAGGGAGAAUUAGGAAUUUUAUACGUAUGUGUCGUAAAGAGCGUAAUACUAUUUAUUAUUACUCGAUAAUUAAAUUUAACACAUAUAUAUAUACAUACUACGAAUUCGAUAAAAGCAAGACAAUUUUGGUCUUUUUCUCAUUAGAUUUACAAUAAUGCGCUUCCUAUCUAUAUCUCCAUUUCGCUUUUAUUUUAUCAAUCAAAUUCAAUUAUCAACAAUUAACAACGUUGUGCCUUUGUUCGCACAAUCACAACUAGUUAUACAAAACAGCUGGUUGUAAUUAAAAAGACCGUUUUACAUAAUACGCAUUUAAGAUAUAUUCAUCAGUAGCAUUGCGAUAUUUGAACUGAAGUCAAGAUGAAAAAUGAAAAAUAAUCUUUAUAGUAUAUAUAUUGCUUCUAGAGCCAAAAAAAAGAUGGAGAGACACAUGUAAUGUUCUGGAUAUAGAUCUACGUACAGAAUAUGUGUAUUAAUAAGUAAAGAUAAUUAAUAUAUCGAGAGUUACAUAUAUUACAUAUACAUACAUAUAUAUAUACACACACAUACAUACAUGUAUACAUUGUAAAUAACUCAGAUUUUAUAUUAAUGAUCUUCACCUUUCAGGCGAUGUGUUCGCAUUUGCACUUUUAUAUAAUAUGAUUUGUAACGCGGCGUGUAUCGUUAUUCCAGAAAAAAUUGUAGAAAUAUAUAUAUUCAUAUAUUACAUAUUAUUUCCGAAGCAUUAUAAUAUAUUUAAUAUACUAUUAUUAUCUAAUCGUAAUAAGCAACAUUCCUGCCUUUUAACUGUUUUUAUAUAGAUACAAAACAUAAUUACAA